AUGGCUUCUGUACACGGGAAAACUGAUAACUGGCCUCCCCAUUUUUUUAAAGCCAUCCUAGAGGACACUUCUAGCAACAGAAAACUAAGUAUUCCAAAGAAAUUUGGGAAGAAAUAUGGAGAUAAGCUUUCAAACCCAGUACUUCUUAAGCUUCCAAAUGGUUCAGAAUGGCCAGUAGAACUCAGAAGAUGGGAUGGUAAGGCUUGGUUUGACAAUGGUUGGCCAGACUUCUCUGAGUUUUACUCUCUACGCUGCGGUCACUGGCUAGUAUUUCAAUAUGAAGGGAAUUCCAAAUUCAACGUGUUCAUAUUUGAUAGAAGUUGCACAGAGAUUGACUAUCCAGAAGCAAUGCCCCAGAUGGACUCAGCUGAUCAAGAUGAUGAUUCUGAUGAUGAUUUAGACGAUUAUUCAACCCAUAGGGGGAAAUCUACAUUGCCUUGUACUAGGCCUCAAAAGAAAAACAGAACAAGUUCAAGUGGGAAAGAUAAUUUUCCCGCUAAUAAACGUGGAGAAGGCAAAUCUAACACUCGAAUAUUCGAGAAACAAAGACCUGGGUAUGUUGGGAGAAUGAAUACAUUGACUAAGAAUGGAAAAGCUACAGCUCUUGAUAGAGCCGAGGUCUUCAAAUCUCAAAACCCUUCUUCUUUCCAUGUUGCCACGAAGCCAACUUAUCUUCGACGAUUCUUGUGGUUGCCCUCUGAGUGUCGCAAUCUACAUCUUGUGAGGGAUUCUAGUAAGGUUACCCUUCGAGUUUCGGAUGGAAGAACUUGGCCUGUUGAUAUGAAUUACGACAAAGGAAAAUCCAGUUUCACUUUCUGUAGAGGUUGGUUGGAAUUUGUGCGUGACAAUAAUUUGGUACUGGAUGAUGUGUGCGCUUUUGUGUUGAAUACCAACAACACUAAACCUUUGUUUGAUGUCAUCCUUUUCCGAGCCCAUGAUGAUGGGGAAAAAACAGUGCUUGAGAUAGAAGAAGGUGAUUUUCUACCCUGCCCAAAAUCGGAGGGGAGAUCUCCAAUAGCACCGCAGUCCCACAAGAAAAAGAGAACAAGUUGGAGUCCGAAAGCUAGAGCUGGUCCUGAGUUUUUAGGAGCCUGGGACAAAAUUCUAAAUUGA